UGUACUUUGUAGGAUGUUUGAACCCUGUCUGGCUUAUAUUUCUACAAUUGACCUAUCUCAAUCGUAAAUUGCUGUCUUCCAUCCUAUAUCUCUCCUAAAUACACCAUCUGCAAGCCAUCCACUGCACUCCCUCCUGUUGAUAAGACUCCUCCCCCUGGAUUCCCCCCGAUAACGCGGAGUUUCCUUGUCCCGAUUAUAGACGCCCAUCCGCAACGUCAUCAACACGCUUGCUCUCCGACUGACUGCCAUUCCCUUCCAUUCAUCCAGGAUCCAGGUGCAAUGACCGGGUAACAGCAGAUCUGUCCCCCAUUUACUGACUGAGAGCUCUGUGGAUUUUUGGGACCCCCCGUACUCGACAACGUCUCAAACCACAAUCAUGGUCUCUCCAGAGCCGAUCCGAUCUAAGGUCACGCCAUACUUGAUUUACCUCGUGUUUAUCACAACAUUAGGACCACUCCAAUUCGGUUAUCACCUGGCCGAACUUAAUGCCCCUCAGGCGGUGAUCACCUGCGAGCGGAAGAGCAUCCAUUCCUCCACCGAGGCACUCUCUCUACCACAAUGUAUCCCCAUGAACGCUUCGCAAUUCGGCCUGGUGUCGUCAAUCUACACCCUUGGUGGACUUUUGGGAGCCCUGCUGGCAGGACCAGUUGCCACCAAACAUGGUCGCCUCUUUGCUCUGCGAGCAACCACGCUAUUCUUCAUCCUGGGCCCCGUGGCUGAAACAUGCGCAUCCAACAUCUCCCUCCUAAGUCUAGGCCGGCUGCUGUCCGGCAUUGGAGCAGGAGCUGCGAUUGUCGUCGGCCCCAUCUACAUUUCCGAAAUCGCUCCACCCAGCGCCAGAGGUUUCUUUGGUGCCUUCACGCAGGUCAUGACCAACGUCGGCAUCCUAUUAACCCAGUCCCUCGGAUACUUCCUAAGCGAGGGCAGCAAAUGGCGAUUCAUCCUCGCCAUCGCCGGCUUCAUCGGAGCCCUCCAGCUCCUUGGUCUCGCCCUAGUCCCAGAAAGCCCCACCUGGCUCGCCGAGCACCAAAAGAGCAGUCUGGCCAGACAAGUCCUGCAACGGCUGCGCGGAAAGGACGCAGACAUCGAAGAGGAAAUCGAAGGAUGGCCAUCCUCAACAGCAGGACCAACCGAUGACAUCUCCGGCGAAGAGCAAUCGCUCCUCACGCCACCAUCCGGCAACAUGCCACCCAAACAACCCCCGGUCACCAUCAUCCACGCCAUCAGUAACCCAACCUACCGACCAGCCAUCAUCGCCGUCGUCGGCGUCAUGGUCUCCCAACAAUUCACCGGCAUCAACAGCAUAAUCAUGUACAGCGUCUCCCUCUUACAGACCAUCCUUCCCACCACCGCCGCCCUCCUCACCGUCAUCAUCUCCGCCAUCAACCUCAUCAUCACCCUCGCCUGCUCCCCUCUCCCCGACAAAAUCGGCCGUCGAUCCUGCCUCCUCCUCAGCAUCACCGGCAUGGGAUGCAAUUCCAUGCUCCUAGCCCUAGCCAUCUACUUCAACCAAAAGGUCCUCUCCGCUAUCGCCGUCCUCCUCUUCGUCUCUUGCUUCGCCGUCGGCCUAGGCCCCGUCCCAUUCAUCCUCGCCUCGGAGCUCGUCGGCCCCGAAGCCGUCGGCGCCACGCAAAGCUGCGCCCUAGCUGCCAAUUGGAUCGCCACUUUCGUAGUAGCGCAAUUCUUCCCCAUGUUGAAUGAUGCCCUGGGCGGCCGUGGCAAGAUCUACUGGGUCUUUACGGGUAUGGCGUGUCUCCUUGGUGGGUUUAUUUAUUGGCGUGUUCCGGAGACGAAGGGGAAGGCUAGUGCGGAUGAGGUCUGGGGGAGAGAUGAUCGGAGGCGACGGGAUUAAUUCCAGAUUCAGUAGCUGUUGGGGUAUCGUAUUUUCGUUCGCGUGCGUAAUAUCUGUGUAUGGUCCGUACCUAUUUGAGCGGCCUACAGUAUGAGAUAUAUAGCCUUCUUCAAUUGGUCAAUUAAGUAAGGGUUUACUAUAUUUAGCAAGCUUGGUAUGGUAUACCCGUAGUUCUCGCUUUUAGUUCCAUUCGGUGACAUUAAGAAUGAUGACAUGCUCUAAUAAUACAUAGUACUAACUAUGGUAUGAGUGUGAGUUUGAGGUUGCGGUGCG